AUGUCAAGCCCCGCCAAGAAGCGGAAGCUCAAUAAGGAUGGCAAGAAGCCUUCUUUGCCGUCCAGAGGCCUCGAGUACUUCUUCGCCAAACAAAGGAAGAAUGGCGACCCGUCAAAUGGAGCAACUCUGCCGGGGAAGUCGACAGACGAGACGCCGGGCCAUGAGCUGACGGAUGAGGAACUUGCACGGAAGCUGCAGGCAGAGUGGGACCAAGAAGCAGCAGCAGCAGAGAGGCGCAACGAGGCCGCACCGCAGGUCGAGAAGUCUAUGGAAGUAGACACGGAUGAAACGAAUGGCGCUGCAGAGAACUCGGCAGAGAAAUUAUCAGAAGUUUUGGAAGCACCUCCCAUCCCGGUGACAACAAAAACAAAGGGACCAAGCACAUUAUCUCUACAAUCCGUUGCUGAUUCGGUGGACGCGGUCUCUGAAUCGAUUCCCCUUGACCAAAGCCCUCUGACGUUCGAACCUGGGAGAUACGUGUCGCAACUUCAAGCUCACUGGGCUGGCGAAGGCGGGGAUGCGUCCUACGCCCUCUUGACACGCUGUUUCGUGCUGGUCAGCGGCACUCAGAGCCGGAUCAAGAUCGUAGACACCCUCGUCAACUGCCUUCGCGUGCUGAUCGAGGGAGAUCCCAGCAGCUUGCUUCCUGCCGUGUGGCUGGCGACCAACUCCAUUUCACCUCCCUACAUCUCACUAGAAUUGGGUCUUGGCGGAUCGGCCAUAUCCAAGGCCUUGAAGCAAGUCUGUGGGCUCGACAAUCGUUCACUCAAGGCCAUCUAUGACAAGUAUGGCGAUGCUGGUGAUGUCGCGUUUGAGGCGAAGAAAAAGCAAAGCUUUACGCUGCGUAAACCGAAGCCCUUGACUAUCAAAGGCGUCUAUCAGUCUCUAGUCAAGAUUGCCAAUAGCCAGGGGCAGGGAAGCGCGGAGGUCAAGCAGCGGUUGGUUGACCGUUUACUCCAGGACGCUCGGGGAGGCGAAGAGAGCCGGUUUGUCGUUCGUACUCUGUGUCAGCAUUUGCGCAUCGGGGCCGUCAAAACGACCAUGUUGAUCGCACUUUCGCGGGCAUUCUUACUAUCCAGGCCACCAGGGGCCGAUUUCCUCUUGAGAUCAACGGCGGACCUGUCAAAGCUGAAGAAAGAGGAACUGGCUGAGGUGUGGGGUAGAACCGAGGAGAUCGUCAAGGCGUGCUUUGCCCGGCGGCCAAAUUAUAACGACCUCAUUCCUGUCAUGCUUGAGAUUGGCGUUUGCGAGGAGCUGCUGAUACGGUGUGGGUUGACAUUGCACAUACCCCUCAGACCUAUGCUGGGCAGCAUCACGAGAGACUUGUCCGAGAUGCUCACAAAACUGCAAGGGAGAGACUUCGCCUGCGAAUUCAAGUACGAUGGCCAACGAGCUCAGGUUCAUUGCGAUGAGAAAGGCAAAGUCUCGAUUUUCUCGCGGCACUUGGAGGUCAUGACGGACAAGUACCCAGACCUGGUCGAGUUGGUUCCCAAGAUUAGGGGAGAAGGUGUCAGUAGCUUCAUCAUGGAGGGUGAAGUAGUGGCAGUUGAUAGCCAGACCGGUGAGCUCAAGAACUUCCAGACUCUCACAAAUCGUGCCCGGAAGGAUGUCGCGAUCGGGAGUAUCACGAUAGACGUCUGUCUGUUCGCAUUCGACCUCAUGUAUCUCAACGGCCAGCCUCUCCUUGAUAGGCCCUUCCGUGAGCGUAGGGAACUUCUGAAGUCCCUUUUCACAGAAGUGCCGAACCACUUUACCUGGGUGAAGAAUCUUGACGCCACAUCCCAAGACUCAGAGGCAGUUCUCGACUUUUUCAAGCAAGCCACCGAUGUGAAGUGCGAAGGAAUCAUGGUCAAAAUCCUCGACAACCUUGUCGACCUUCCCGCCCCUGACACAGACUUGCCCAAUUCCGAUGCGGCCAUUGAGGCAUCGGGCACAACUGCGACCAAGUCAAAGGCCAAAGCCAAACCCGAUCCCAAAUCGAAUGGGGAGAAGAAGAGCCGACGGAAGCCCUUGCUCGCGACUUAUGAGCCUGACAAGCGGCUGGAUUCCUGGCUGAAAGUCAAGAAGGACUACAGUUCCUCGUUCGACACUCUCGAUCUCGUGCCCGUUGCGGGCUGGCACGGUCAAGGCCGCAAGGCCAAGUGGUGGUCGCCGAUCCUGCUCGCUGUUCGGAACGAGCAGACAGGCCAGCUCGAAGCCGUCUGCAAGUGCAUGUCUGGAUUCACAGACGCAUUCUACAAAGCGAACAGGGCCUUCUAUGACGAUGGGUCCGGGGACACCGGGGAAGAAAACGGAGGCGAAGCAGAGGGCUCGGAAGACGACGAUGGUGAUGACGAAGAAGAAAGCGAGGAACGGGCCAAUAAGAAAUACAAGAACGUCCACCGCGUCAAGCCGAGCUUCAUCGAGUACAGCGGACACCCGGACGUCUGGUUCGAGCCUCAGGAGGUCUGGGAAAUGGCUUUUGCUGAUAUCACGAUCUCACCUACAUACACAGCCGCCAUAGGACUCGUGAGCCAGGACCGAGGCCUCAGCUUGAGAUUCCCUCGAUUCCUAAAGAAGAGGGACGAUAAAGGGAUAGAUGACGCGAGCACGAGCGACUUUUUGGCCGGGCUGUGGCGAAAACAGGAGGCCAAGGCACCGACGGCUCCCGUGAAAGAGGAAGAUGGAGAGGAGGAAGAAUGA